CAAAACGGUUUCAUUCAGUGCACUUUGUCCACAGGGAACACAAGUUUUCUUAAAGCGAAAAUUUCCGCACCUGUUAUGGAAGUUUCGAGCCAAAUUUGAGUCAAUUUUGAAAGUUUCCUCGCAUUAGAUACUUGAAACACAUUUCCAUACAAAAAAAGGAAGUCGGUAAAAGUAAUGGUUUCCGAGCUAGGUGUGUUAACAGGGUCAUUUUGAGUAAAACGGAUUUAUUAGAUCCAUAAGACACAUCUGCAUGCAAAAUAUCAGGGUAAAUUAUGAACUGGUGGUUUUAUUGUUUGCUGCUCAUGACAAUGGCCUCUAUUUAUGCGGAUGCUGCAAAGGGAGGUAGAGGAGGAGGCAGACGUAGAAUAACUGGGAAUAUUAAUCGAUUUGGAGUUCACAGUAUGCCAAAUCUUAGCCGAAAUCCUGCCAGUGAUAAUUACUACGAAAAUAAGGAUGCAGCCAGAAUUGUAAAAUCAUCGCAUUUUGAAUUCGAUUACAUGCUGGGAAGAAAAAUUACAUUUUUCUGUAUGGCUGUUGGUGUUCCGAGGCCUGAAAUAACUUGGUUUAAAGAUGGUAUCGAAUUAUACCACCACAGCUUCUUCCAGGUGCAUGAAUGGCCAAUUGGAAAUGAUACAGUGAAAUCUAAAAUGGAAAUUGAUCCUGCGACGCAGAAGGAUGCAGGAUAUUAUGAAUGUCAGGCUGACAAUCAGUAUGCAGUGGAUCGACGUGGCUUCAAAACCGAUUAUGUUAUGUUCUCUUAUUAACAAUAAGCUUCAAUCGCGAAUUGCAUCUAAUCAUAAUUCUGAGCAAAGGCAAUUUUAAAAAUAUAUAUACAUUAUUGACACAAAUCGGCAAAAUUUUAGAGGAUUUAGUUCAAGCUAAAAGACUAAUUAUAUUUUUUUUGAAGUCCUUUAUAGUUCCGUCUAAACUCUUGAAUCUAUUUUUAUAAUUUUAAAAAAUAUGUAAAUUUUAUGUACACUUG